AACCAAGAUGGAAACCUCGUAGCAGGCAGAGUUGAAUGCUGGUGUUGUUAUUGUUAAAUAUUCGCUUUCAGAUUUAAGAAUACACAUCGUAAUAUUGUAAACACCACAUCAUCGAUGGAGUAGACACACGAAGAGGUUUGGUAGUCAGAAGGAUGAAUUUCUCCUUUGCUGGGUGUGGAUUUUUAGGGAUAUACCAUGUCGGAGUUGCGAGCUGUUUAAAACAGCAUGUCCCUCACUUGGUAGAUAGAGUGAACUUUGGAGGCGCUAGUGCUGGAGCCAUUGUUGCUUGCUGUUUGAUGUGCGAUUGUUGUCUAGGUGAAUGUACAAGUUUUACUCUGCGAUUAGCCAGCAAAGCCAGGUGCCAUUCUAUAGGACCUCUCCACCCCAGUUUUGACAUCAACCGUAUUUUACGAGAUGCUCUGUAUGAAGUGCUGCCAGAAAAUGCCCAUGAGAUUACGUCAGGACGUUUACAUAUCUCACUAACGCGAGUGUCUGACAGAAAAGCUGUGAUUGUAUCAGAAUUUGAGUCCAAAGACGAACUCAUACAGGUUUGUAGUAACUGAAGUAGAACAUGUCUCUUUCAUUUAAUUACAUUAAUUGUAUGUCUUAAACUUGCUUCAUUUUCUUUUAAUCCUAAUAUAAUGUGUAACAGCUGCAGGUGUUUGUAGGGCAGGAGGUGGUGACGUUUUGGGGGCCCA